CAAAAAAAUCGAUUUAAAUCAAAAAAAUCUGAUUUAAAUCAAAAAAAUCCGAUUUUUUUGAUUUUUUUAAAAAAAUCAUUGAUUUUUAUCCACCCUAAUUUCAGCUUAUUUGCUGCUGAACUUCAGGGUGGUAUAGUAGUCACAAGCUGGGCACUUCCCCAAUUCUUGGAGACUUCACAGUGAAUACUUUUUAGCAAGUUGAAACUCAUACUGGUGUUUCCAUUUGAAACAGAGGCAGCUUUUCAUAGUCAGCCCCAGAGUACUGUACUCUCAUUUCCUUGGGUGCACAGGAUUAGGUAGAACCAGCUAGGUAAAGAAAGCUUGCUUACCACAACUCCAUGGAUUUAUUUCACUUGCAUGAAGCUGUUGGUUAAACACAAUAACCUUCAUUGUGGGUUGAGGCUUUUGCCUGAAUGUGUGAACUACAUGUCUUGGAGUAUGAUGAAAUAUUUGUGUCGUUGGUUCGUUUACUUUAACGCAUGCAAUUUUCCAUGAUGAAUAUGUAGAUGUGAACUCUCAGAUUUUUACAGAAGAAGCUGAUGUCAGUCAUAAUAUUAUGGUUAGCAGAUUGCAUCUUAGAGAUCAAUGCUUGAGGAGAGUACUGUACUAAGAAAACAUUCUGACAUUGAAGCUACAUAUUGGGUUAUGCUGUUUUGUUGUAGGAAGCUGCUUCUCUGUGAUGGGAUAGAGUUAUUGACUGCAAAACGAUUGAUUGAAGUUAAUGGGAUAAUGCCACAGAAAUGAUUACGUAUUUACCACUAGUGAAAUUUCAUGUUGCUAGAGUAAUCUUCAAGUCAUGUGGGGUGAGGAGAGAUGACAUGAUUGGUGCGGAGGUUAACUUGGGAACUCUAGAAUUCCCUUAAGGGCAUUUUCUUGAGUGAUGGAAAGUGUUCUCCGGGAUAUGGAAUGGUACCAAAUGUUAAUGAGGGGGAAAUGGCUGUCUUUUGCUUACUCAAUCAAUAUAGGUUUGCCUUGCAUUCUUGCAUUGCAGACUGGGGGAAUUCAAACAUUGAUCCGAGCAUUGCUUUUAAACGUAAGGAGAGCCUGCUGCAUCAGGCCAGCUUCUCAUCUGGUUUUCACACUUGCCAACCAGAUGCCUGUGGGGAAACCCACAAGCAGGAUUUGGGUCAAGAGCAUUCUCGCCUCCUGCAGUUUCCACCAACCAAUAUUUAGAAGCAUUACUGCUGCAACUGUGGAGGCAGAGCAUAGCCAUUAUAGCUAGCAGUCAUCAAUGACCCUCUCUUCCAUGAAUUUGUCAAAUUCUCCAUUAAAGCCACGUGUUCCCAUUCAUCCUUCAUUUAAAGUCCAAGGGCUGAGAGCCAAAUUGCAUUACUGCUGAGAGGUAUGUGUGACGGGGAGAUACAGCCAUUUCUAUGUACAUGUUGUAUAUUUAGGUAAGCAUGUAAAAUGUGCACAAGCUUCAUGUUAUCCUUGUAAGAACGUUAAGAGUCAUGGUUUAAUAUAUACAGAAAGUAAAUUGUAUAAUGUAGUAACUAUAUCAACAUCUCAUUGCGCUGUUGCUUGGACUACAUCUGAUAACUUCUUUUUAAAAUCCAUGUUAGCUAAUGGCAGUUCUGGGUUGCUUCCAUUCAAGUGAUAACAUAGCAGUCAGUGACUGCUAUAAGAGAGCACUAUGUUUUCCCAUUUAUUUUCUUGUUGGGAAUCACUUUUAAUAUAAGCAGAGUGUUUGGUACUGUUAUUCCUGCUUCUUCCUAAAUCUCACGCUUUGCCAAAGGAAAUGAAAAUGUUUUCAUUUCCCAGUGCUUUUUCAGAUGAGACUAGUUACUCAGAAUGGUUGUAAUUCUCACUUCAAGCAUGCAAAGACCUCUCUUCAUAUCCCAGAAAAGUGCAAAUUAUGAGAAGAGGGCUUUUCGUCAUUACUUCUUUGGUGGUCAGCAGGAAGCAUACCUAGCUGUAAGUAAUAAUAAUAAUAAUAAUAAUAAUAAUUAAUAAAUAGGGUAUGGUGGUGAUUAUCAUUCCCACCAUGGAGACAUAGCAUGAAGACAUUGACAUCUCUUUGGCGAUCACUCGUAGCUGAGUAAGAUUGUCUUCCAUAAACAAGGUUUUAACAAUGAGUCCGUAAGUGACUGUGGAGGCCAAUUAUGGAUCUACAUGUCCUUCCACAGUGGGGACAUUGGUUUCUGGGCAGGAGUUGAUGACGGUGUGGAUUUGCCAAGUGUGCCUUCCUCUUAGCAUGUUUCUCCCUUGCGUCCUGUGAUUGAGUGUCUUCAAAGCCCAUGACACCUUUGGUAAAGGCUGUUCUCCAACUGGAGCGUUCGCAGGCCAGUGUUUCCCAGUUGUCAGUGUUUAUACCCUACUACUUUUUUUUAGAUUUGCCUUGAGACAGUCUUUAAACCUCUUUUGUUGAUGACCAGCAUUACGCUUUCCAUUUUUAAGUUCGAAAUAGACUAGUUGCUUUGGAAGACGAUAAUCAGGCACCCACACAACAUGACCAGCCCAACGAAGUUGAUGUUGAAGAAUAAUUGGUGAUCUUUGCUUCUUCCAGUACACUGAUAUUAGUUCGCCUGUCUUCCCAAGUGAUGUGUAAAAAUUUUCGGAGACACUGUUGAUCGAAUCUUUCAAGGAGUUGGAGAUGGCGUUUGUAAGUGACAUACUUUAAUGGGGAACAGCAUGUUGAAGCUUGCAGGUUCAACCCUUAGCAUCUACCACUGCAGGAGUCAGACUGUGGAAAGAGCCCUGUAUGAAAUCCUUGGGAAGACUGAACAACUUUGCAGAAGCAGGAUUGUAACUUGAUGACGGUGAAGGUAUGAAUGAGCCCAUCAAAUUGCACUUGUGGCUGGCAAUACAGUGCAAUCAGAGUUGUAGUUCACACUUUUAGCUGACAGUGUUUAGCUGCUGAGAAAUCCAGCAAUGUGUAUCCAUGUUAGAACCAGCCCAGAGGCCCUAACUACACCUUGCAUAUGCAUGCAUGUAACAAAUGCCCAGUGGCUGCUUUCUCAUUGAGAACCAUCAUGGUGUAGUGGUUAAGAGCGGUAGACUCGUAAUCUGGUGAACUGGGUUCGUUUUCCUGCUCCUCCACAUGCAGCUGCUGGGUGACCUUGGGCUAGUCACACUUCUCUGAAGUCUCUAAGCCCCACUCACCUCACAGAGUGUUUGUUGUGGGGGGGGGGGAAAGGGAAAGGAGAAUGUUAGCCACUUUAAGACUCCUUAGGGUAGUGAUAAAGCGGGAUAUCAAAUCCAAACUCCUCUUCUUCAUCAUCAGGUGGGAGAUUCGGAGCAGAUAAAAGUGACACUUUAUCCUUUCCCUGCACUGUGCUUCUGAACCCAAGCCACUUCCCCUGCAUAGUUUCAUUUUUUUUAAUGGUAGCUUACUUACACACUUACUGUAUUGAAUAAUAAACAAAUCAGUUCAGAACAAGAACUUUAACCUUGGUGAUAAAUAGCUUUCUAUUUUAAAGGGGGGGGGGCUAGGAGACAGAUGCAGACAAAAAAGCAUGUUAGCAGGAUUCCAUUUGCUUCACACACAGAAGAGCCAUUCACCAAGCUCUUUAGUCUUCCCAACCGGAGGAGCUGUACAUGUCCCUAACUAACAUAUUCCUCUUGUCUCUACUCCUUUUCCCUUCAUUUCCUGACAGAAACCCCCAUUGCAUUAGAAGAAGGAACUAAGACCAGAGCUGUAGCAAUGGGGAGGGCUAGGCAGGUUUUUUGCCCUGGAUGAAGCCUCCAGAGGGGUGCCACUGAGGCUCCCAACCCGUGUGUGUGUGUGUGUGUACACAAAUGCAUGUGGGGGGGGGGCAGCAGCGUAGCUAGCCACUCAAGUGCCUGGUGCAGCUGUGUGUGUGUGUCCUGCAACUGGGGGGCGGGGCGAGCCAAGCCUCUCUACCACUUGGUGCCUCUCUGCUGCCUCCCCCUCAGCUGUAGGGCAGCUGAGGGAGAGGCAGAGUAGGCAGAGGCAAGUCCCACGCUGCCGUUUCAGGCAGCGCGGAACCUGCAGGCACCUAAGCUGCCGUGUCACUCCUAAAAAGUUUUGUGAGCCCUUUAAAAAACAACAACAUCAUUUUGUCACCCCCUCUGUGAUGACACCUGGGAUGGACUGCACCCCCACACCCCCUUCCUCCAUCACUGGAGGGCCCCACACUGGGUCUUUGACCCGGGUGAAAAUAAGCCUAGUUUCGCCCCUAAGACUUACAGCUUCUGAACUAUAUAGACCACCUCCGAUCUUGCAUUCCAAGCUCAGUGCAAAAUAAGUUGGUAAAAUUAUAAGGGAGGGGGCAACCUGCCCUCCAUCCGUGUUGCCGCAACAUUUUUGCCAAGUUUUAUUCAUUUUCUAAAAUGUAAAUAGUGAAAUUCAUUGUCUGAAUUCUUGUGACACUUGUUGAAAAAUUGUAAAAGGGAGUAAGUAAUAGCCAAAUAUAAACUAGAUGACUUUCUGUUGUUGAUUUAAAAAACCAUAUUUCCUGUUCCUGAAUUUACCAUUUUUCAUGCUUGUUGGCUAGUUCCCUCCUUGCUCCAAGAUGAAUGGUGGAAUUAUUCUUAAUUCCUAGGGAAGGUACCCAAAUUCUUGUCAUUAGCUACCCCCCAGUUUCACUGUUAAUACAGCACUUUCCUAUACAGUGGUACCUCGGUUUAUGAACACAAUUGGUUCCAGAAGUCUGUUCAUAAACUGAAGCGUUCAUAAACUGAAGCGAACUUUCCCAUUGAAAGUAAUGGAAAGUGGAUUAAUCUGUUCCAAACGGUCCGCGGAGUAACCGUUCAUAAACUGAAGCGAACUUUUCCAUUGAAAGUAAUGGAAAGUGGAUUAAUCCGUUCCAGAUGGGUCCGCGAAGUACUUAAACUGAAGCGUUCAUAAACUGAAACAUGGGUGUAAUUGGUUCCGGAAGUCUGUUCAUAAACUGAAGCGUUCAUAAACUGAAGCGAACUUUCCCAUUAAAAGUAAUGGAAAGUGAAUUAAUCUGUUCCAGAUGGGUCCGCGGCGUUCAUAAACCGAAAAUUCAUAAACCGAGGUGUUCAUAAACCGAGGUUCCACUGUACUACUGUUUCUCCCCCCUGCCCUCAAAUCUUAUUCUAAUUUAGGUACCAUUCUAUUUUAGUCAGCUGUUGUGUUGGUGCUCUUGCUCACUUUUGAAUGGCUACGAAGUCUCUAAAGUGAUGCCAGCUUGCUAUCAACAGAGGUGAAGUGUUCGUGCAAGAUUCAAGUAUUCUUCUCUGAAAAAAUAUACUAGCUGCUUUGUGUUAAUCCUGUGUGUCAACAGUUCAGUGUUUGUUGGACACGUUGGAAAUGAAUAAGGGUGAACAAGCUGAGGCUUGAGCUGGACAAGAUGGAAGUACCGUGUGUCAGGAAGACAACUGAUGAGGAUGGAGUUGCACUUCCUUAAGCUAAGGACCAAGUCCAUAGCUUGGGGUCCUUCUGAGCUGAACACAGGUGGUGUCUGUUGCUAGGUGUGCCUUGUACCCAUCUAGGUUAGUACAACUGAUAUCUCCCUAUCUAGACACAUUGGACCUUGCCGCCGUAGCCAGGUACUGUAAUGUGCUCAGGGGUGUCAACAGGACUUUCUGGGUCUAGACUGUAUGUCAUUUGGGUCCUCUGCCCCACUCACAAACAAGGACACAAGUUUGCAUAGUUUUUAUUCGCUUUUGUGGGAGGGGUGGAGCCAGGUUUUUUUCUCGCUUCUCCCCGGCCAAAUGGCUUAGGUGACGCAACUUACCAGGAAAUAUGACACUACUAAUGUGAGCUUGUUGUGUUGUUGCAUUGCCCACAUUACUUUCCAGCAGAUGUAUAUUUAGAACAUUAAGACAAGGGUGUCGCCCAGCAAAGUACCUUGGUUGACAAACGCCUUAGCAGUCGAACGUUUUGGCUCCCGAACGCUGUAAACCCAGAAGUGAAUGUUCCGGUUUGCAAAUGUUCUUUUGGAAGCUGAAUGUCUGGCAGGGCUUCUGCAGCUUCCGAUUGGCUGCAGGAAGCUUGUGCAGCCAAUCAGAAGCCGCACCUUGGAAGUUGAACAUUUUGGAAGUCGAACAGACUUCUGGAACAGAUUCCAUUUGGCUUCCAAGGUACGACUGUAGUUCUACAUUGCCUGGAGUAGCUCAGUUGGUAGAGCACAAGACUCCUAAUCUCAGAGUCAUGGGUUCAAGCCCCACAUGGGGCAAAGGGUUCCCACAUUGCAGGGGGUUGGACUAGAUGACCCUCAUGGUCCCUUCCAACUCUACAGUUCUAUGAUUCUACUAGCACAAGGCUUUCCACUUGCUCCUCUCCCUGUGUGCCUCUGCAUCCUUCCCAAUUGUGUUGUGGAGGGUUAGAGGAACCCCUGAAACAGAUUUAGGUAGGUGAGUGGGUUAGAGAAGAAUGAAUGUGAGCUCUAUUGAACAACAAAAAGUCCUUGUGCUAGAGGAACUUCUUCUUUGGAUAGUGCUCAAUGCUUUUUUAAAAUAUUCACUUGUAGGCUUCCUGCAUAUUUAGAAAGUCUAUAUGAGGAGGAGAAAUAGGAAACAUGGGAAAUGUGCAGGGAGUGCAUGUCUGCUGAGCAUUUUCAGUAUUAUGAUCAGGAUACUUUGUAAAUAUGGCCAGGAUCCAAAGUAAUAUGAAAUUAGCUGAGUGAGCCAGAGAUGGCUUUAGAAUUAUUGACGAAUAGUAGCCCUCAAUUCUUUUGUAUGGUGAACAAUUCUGAAAUUGUUCUGAGUGGAGUUCAAUGAAGGAGAAAACAUUCCACAGGGUUAGUGCAAUAUAAUUGUAAACAUUUUCCACUCAUACAUUUGUAUGAAGUGUAAGUAUACCCACUAGGAGUACAAAUUAACAUCUGGUAGGCUGCAUUUCAGUACAUGCCUGGUGGGUACAAUUUCUUUAUUUAAAAGAUUUAUGUCACUUUUUAGCCUCACAAGAUAACUUCCAUACUAUAUUCAAAUGCAAAACAACAAAUAACCAGAAAAUAAAAAUAGUAAAACGAUCCAUAAUAAUAUUUGCUACGGGUAGUAAUAUUGCAACAUAAAGGUAGCUGAUGGCAUCAACAAGGCUUAGUUGCUAAUUUUGUUGCCAGAGGAUCACUGCAAAUGGAAACUGGUAGCUCUGUGAUAUCACACUGGCAUUUGCUUCAUUUUGAAUAUUGGGAAGCUAACUAAACUAAAAUCAGCAGGAAGGCACGAUUGCAGUCACAUCGAGCUGAUUUCUUAGGCUAGUAUAUUGAUGAGAGAACACUUCUGUAGAAGGUCAUUCAAUAACACUGGUGUAAGUUAUAUUUAUCACUUGUGUACAGUAUAACAGACUCUGGUUAGAGUAAAGCUGCUAUUAAUACUAACUAGUUAUUUAUGUACAACAUGAGGGGACAACAGUUGUAGAGAGAGGAAGCUUGUAACAUCACCAGUUCUCUCCCCACCUUGAGCAAAUGGAAGCUUUCCUCCCAGUACAAAUUGCAGGUAUGUUUCUCUCCCUCACUCCCAAAUCCAGACCUACCUCCAUUCCAGACUCCUGAUAUGGACCCUUCCUCUCUACCAUGAAUUUGGGAAAGAAAAAGUUUGCACUUGGCCCAUAAACAAUACAGAUGUAAUUUGGCCCUGAUUUAAGAACCACUUAAGGAUUUCCUUUGUCAGCAUGAUUGUGUAGAUGUGAAACACCCCUAUUAAAUUGUAAUAAACUAAACUGGUUGAGCAGGUUUGCUGCCAUCUUCCAUCUACAAAGUCCUGCUUCUAAACUUGUUGAAAGCAGCUUAUCCACACGAAUUGCUUUUAUGAAGCAUUUAUUUAUUUAUUACAAAAAUGUUGCAGUGCGAUAUGCUCCUUGUUGAGGAUUUCAGCUGCUCAUUUGAAUUCUCCCCCUCCUCUGGUUUCCCAGUAGCUCUGUAUCUUAUCCCUACCCUUGGUUUUCAUAGCCUAUAUUUUGUGGCCAUUGAACAUGGUUGGUCCUUAUUUUACCUAUUUGGGAGGGAGCCCCCCCUUUUCAUUUUUUCUAAACUUUUUUUCUUUUUCAUGUGCAAAGCUUGGGAUUCUCCUGAGGCUGCUGGUAUUUCCCUCUUGUGUGCAGGUGCUGUUUUGGCUAUAGAAGUAAUAGCACUCCCAGUCAGAUGAUGGGAAAUAGUGGGAAUAAUAAAUAUGGAUCACUAAGGCAGAAAAUAAGAUGAAAUAUCUGGCCUUUUGCGAAUGUUUAAAGACGUAUACAAGUAUUAUUCUCCUACUGGUAUAUAUUUGAAGUACUGUAUAAGGUUAAAAAUUAUCAUAGAAUUGUAGAGUUCGAAGGGACCCUGAGGAUCAGUGUGCCUGCAAAGUUUGAAGAAGCCUGUUGACACACUGAGACUAUUUUCCCGGUGCAAGGGUCAGCAGUUAGCAGCUCCAGGGCCAAACUUACCUAUCUACCCCCCCCCAACAAAAAAACUCAGUGACAGAUAUAUUGUUGAGUAACAUGGUGGCAAAAAUACUAAACACCAACCACUUGUGGGGGUGGGGCAGACACUUUUAGUCCCCAUUCACUACUUGUGGUGGUCCUCAAACAAGUCAAGAUGCUGAGCAAGACCAUGAAAGGCAAAUACUGUACCUAUUCAGCUUGGCAAAUGUGUCAUGAAAUUCUACUCAGUAUUGAUCGAGAGCAAGAUUCCAAUGUAUAAGUUAGCUGAGUAACAACUUCAAAACGUUGCAGGAUACAAAAAAAAUAGACCAGAGGCAAAUAAUAUUUCAUCCAAAAGAGCUUCACUGCUAUGGAUUGUGAUUGCAGGGGUAAGAGUAUACAGUACUAGAGAUAAAUCCAAACCUGAUGCUGAGAUUUGUUGGUAGUUGGCAGGAGUCUUAUUGUCUGUUGUGAGAAAGCAAAGCUGAAAUUCUCUUACUGUACUUUACAAUGUUGUUCUUUAAGUUAAGGCAUUUUUAUAUUGAAGUCGAAGACUCUGUAUCCAGAUUUAUUUCAAAGCAAGUGUGUUUAAGGUCACAGCUCUGGUUGGUAUGUCUACAAGUUUUUUUUUUUUAAUGUUGCAAGGAGAAAUUGGUGUAAAAUAGCAUUUUCCAAUAAUGUGUAGUUGUAGCUUAAAACCUUGCCAUUAAAGAAAAGACUGUCAACUCUUGAAAGCAUUGCAUCCUAUCCAUAAUAACAUGCAAAAAUGGGCAUGCUUCUGAAAGUGUUGUAACUCUCCUUGGAUAAAACUUUAUUGGUUUCCAAGGGCUGCUCUGCACCACUAAACUACUGUGUAUAGUUCCCUCCUCUCUGAUUCAAAGGUGGUUUUUUUUGCGAAUCAUGCUCCCUGUCAGUUGCUAAGCAACAUGGAAUGCUAAUACCCUAUAGCUCCUCCCACAGCUGAAUGGCUAACCAGUUGCUCACUUUCACAAGCUGUGCUUUCCUUUUGCUGUAAGUAAAGUUGUAGGGCUAGCAGGAUAUGUACAUGCCAGCACCCUUCAAAAGCCACAAAAGGCUUGGCAAGAGCAGAGCAGUGCACUACUGGCAAACAACUAGCUCUUGAUGCCUGGUUGGCAGCAAGUCCCAGGAAAAUCCUUCAGCUAGGAAAAAGUUACUAAACUCUGCCCUGUCGAACUGAUCUUUGAAUGCAGCACUCGCAUGACAGGAGUCUUUGUGAAAAGUCUGCAGUUUUCCUUUUGUCUUAAUGGAUGCUAGGAACUGAAUAUGCAUACCGCCGCACAAACAUGGUCAGAAUUGGAAAUAUACUUGAAAAGUCCUACAAUUCCAGAAAACAGAAACAAAACUGAGAGAAGCUUUUAAAAAAGUGAUGGAAAAUGCCUUAAAUCCUGAGCAUUCUGCAAAUUAGGAUGAGGACAAGCUAGAAACACAGUCAAAAAUGAACAUUGAAAGCAUAGAGAAACAGGGCUUGCAGCCUCCUAUAAUCAUCAGGGAUGAAAAUGGCAAUAAAUAUGUGUGUAACGCCACGACGUCAACCUCUCUGAAUGGCGGCACUGUUAGCCACUGCCACCAAGAACUGGGACAUGAAGACUAUAUCGAAUUUAAGGAUACAAGUGAGGCAGAUAUUUAUUCAAAUCCUCAGAGCUCUGAAGCAAAAGAUCUGCAAAAGACUGCCAGUGACUAUAUCUGCAUGGGGACUUCAGAUCUGGAGGCCAUGCACAUCCCUUGUGCAAAGGAACAGUUUUACAUGCAUGCCUUCAAUCAGAAUUUCCAGGAGCCAGAGAACCCUCUCAAAGAGGGUCUUGCAAUAAAGAGUAUCCAGAAUUGCAGUAUGGAGGAAUCUGUGCCUUAUUGCCAGGCAGACGUAAGGCAUCCAGUGCCCCUUGCUGCUGUGGAACUAAACACAACUACUGAAAUCCAAGAUGAAUUAGAUCAUGCCCAAAUGAAAGAGGAAGGUGCUAGUUCAAGUAGCUCUUUCAUUACCAUUAUAAACCUGGGGGAUACUGUGGGAAGCAAGUGUUAUGAGGUGGGAUGUGCCCCUCAGAUGCCUGCAUAUUCUGGGGACACUUGUGAAACUGUUGCUUACACACACAAUGCUGAUUCCCCUAAGCUAGAUGCCUUUGGCAACCCAAAUAUGAUAAGCAACAUACAGCUAGAUAGCGGAGUGUUACCUACUGCUCAUUCACUGACAGGAGAUAAGACCACCAAUUAUAUAGAUUUAGUAUCACAGAGCAGUGAAGAGCAGGGAAAGCAGGAUGCCGAAUGUGGUGAUUCUUGCUGUGGGAGCUCACCAGAAAUGGAACCAUUUAAUCUGUUCAAUGAUGAGCACAAGAAAUAUAUGCAUAGCACACCUGAGCAUGGUGAAGCUGAAACUGGAGUUGAUGGCACCAUCAAUGGCAUGUGCCAUCUAGUAAUUGAGAGCUUUGAUGAGCAUUCAGAACAGGAGUUUGACAUAGACAGGGAGAUCUUGACCAAAGCACAAAAUAUUUCUAAAGAAGAUCAGGUUUUGCUCGAAGGACAUGAUGAUAAAAUGUCCGAGACGCUACACUGUGAUAUACCGAAGUUAGAAAGUGCUGAUCUGGCUGAGCCUAGUUGCCAUGCGACUUUUGUGGUUCUUAGUCCCUCAGCUGAUGAACACAACUUGGCUUCUCCACCUCCUGAAGCAGGGUCAACAAACACAACUUUUGCUGUGUUUGCUACCCCUGAUGAAGUUGGUGAUGGAAUUUCUAAAGGUGAAAAGAAUGGCCACUUGGCAAAAGAACACCCCAGGAGGACACCAUUGAAAAGUAAUGCUGAACGAGUUGCAGUUAAAUUGCCAAGCAGGUCUCCCUUUGCAGCUACCAUAACCAAAGCUAGGAAAGCAGAGAUAGUGAGCUUUCCAAAACCAAACUUCAAAAAUGUCAAGCCAAAAGUUAUGUCCAGGCCUGUGUCUCAGCCAAGAGAAAGUAGUGCAUCAAAAGCUGCUCAAAGAUCUCCUCAGCUGUCUACAGCUUCCUCAUCCUCCCCGUCGUCUUCCCCAAGGCAACCACCCUCUUCAGCUGCAGCAUUGAGGAAAAAAAUAGACUUGGAUAAAGGUACAAAAGCAGAAGCACCAAUGAAUAAAAAUCUCAAGCAACAUUUUAAUAAACACCUUCCUAGCCAAGCUGUGCAUGCUGCAACUCAUUCCGAAAACACUUCCCACAAGGCUCUAAAAACAACAGUGUCGAAGCAGAGCAUGGAACAGGUCGACAAAGCAAGAUGCCCUAGUUUGACAUGCUCCCUUGUGGCAGUUACAUGCUCCCAGAACUCGGGUGGGACAGUGAGCGACAAAAUGGAUAGUGCAGAGUCUUGGGAGCAGCCUUGUGCUUUGCGUCAGAUAUCUCAAGGGGAAGAGAAGCAGAAGCAGAAUGGCUUUUGUGGGAUUCCGGCAGAACAGUCUGCAAAAGAUACUGCAAACAAAGUUCUCUUGGUUUCUUUGCCUAAAGCAGAGGCAACGCAAGGGCAAAGUUUACCCAAGGACAGGCCUGUUGCCGUGAGGAAUAUGCCAGCCUCCAAGAUUGCAUUCCGCUCCAGGAGAGGAAGUGACAGCAAAAAUGGCCACACAUCUAAAAUUUUAUCUCCUCCAAGAGCAAGAGCAGUCCCGUCGUCAAAUUCUGGAACAGAAACGUGUUCUCCCAAGGGGAGGCUUGCAUCUGUGAAAGCCUUGCCAGGAUCUUGGACCAGUUCUGCUAAGCCGAGUCCCAAAUCAAAAGUGCCUGUCAAAGGACAAGGAAUACGGAGAACACCUAGCAUUUCCUCUGUCAGUAGCACUCAGAGUGACCAAAGUACACGCAGCAAUAAUUCUACAAAUGCCACAAUUAUAAUCAGAAAUGGAGAGUGGCCUUCGAAGUCGUCUUGUCAAAAUGGCACAGCUGAAUCCAUCUUUCUAAAGCCCAUUCCUAGGCCGAGAGUGCUUUCCCUAAAAAGCACCCCAAAAGGAGUGAAAAGCAAAUUGAGCUCAGUGAGCCAAUGUCUGCCAAAAUCUUCUGGGGCACUUCUUCCAGGAAGGAAAACCAGAGAUGCAAGAGGGAAUCAGCAGCUGGGACCUUCAUGGCAAAAUGUACCUCAAAGUUUAUCAUCUGCAUUCAGUUCUGUUGACAGGGGCAAGCAGAAGAGUCCCAAGAACUCAUUCAUACAAACCCGCAGUUCAUCUAUCGAAGUACAUUCGCCAGAAACAAAACAACAUGAGUUGACACAAUACAAAAAAAAGUGUGAGAACCAAAGUGGACUUAUCCAGCGAUUGAAGAAAUGCUUGGGCAUCAGUCAUCAGAAAUUUGAAGCACUGGCUAUUGUGAUCCAGCACUUGGAGUCUGAGAGGGAGGAAGUGGUAAAGCAACGUAAAGAGCUGUCGAUAGAACUUGUCAAUCUUCGUGGAGAGUUAGUAACCGCUUCUGCAGCCUAUGAGAAAUUGGAGAAAGGUAGACAUGAACUACAAGCAGCUUACGAAGGAUUUGUGCAGCAGCUGAACCAGCAACACCAAAGAGAUUUGUCUGAACUGGAAGAAAGGCUGAAACAGUUCUACACAACAGAAUGCAAAAAACUACAGAGCAUCUGUAUUGAAGAAGCGGAAAAAUACAAAGCACAGCUCCAAGAACAGGUCGACAACUUGAAUAUUACACAUGAAAACUUUAAGCUAGAGCUUGAAACCAGCCAUACAGAAAGGAUAGAUGAGCUGAAGAGGGACCACGAAUUGUCCUUUACAGAGCUCAAGAAUGCCCAGGAAUUAGAAAGGAGGACACUUGAAGAAUCUCUCCAAGAAAAACAACUACUACUAGAGAAAAAGAUUAGUGAAUUGCAGAGUGAAAAUGAUUCCCUGAAUGAAAAGCUUAAGUUGGAAGAGCAAAAACGCACAGCCAAAGAAAAAACAAAUAUUAAAAACCCUCAGCUUAUGUAUCUGGAACAAGAACUGGAAAGUUUGAAAGCAGUGCUGGAGAUCAAAAAUGAGAAGCUACAUCAACAAGAUAUCAAAUUGUUGAAGAUGGAAAAACUGGUGGAGAACAACACAGCCUUAGUGGAGAAAAUGAGAAAACUUCAGCAGGAGAAUGAAGAAUUAAAAGCCCGGAUGGACAGACACAUGGAGCUUUCCAGGCAACUUUCCACCGAACAGGCGGUUUUGCAAGAGUCUCUGGAGAAAGAAUCAAAGGUAAAUAAGCGCUUGUCAAUGGAAAAUGAAGAACUUCUGUGGAAGCUACACAAUGGAGACCUGUGCAGCCCGAGAAAACUCUCCCCCAGUACUCCCCCAAUGCCUUUUCAAUCGCCAAGGAAUUCAGGCUCCUUCUCCAGCCCGACGGUAUCGCCUAGAUGACACCACUGUGAACGAAGAGACACUCUCCAUACAGGCAUUUCAUUUUUGGUCUGCAGAACUAAAAAACAUGGAUCGAGGGAGCAAAGAGCUAUAUUAGCUGCGUGUGAUUGAAAUAUAACUGGAAAUGACUGUCAUGAGAAAUGGCUGUAACGUAAUGGGAGUUCAUGGCUAGAACUCGAAACAGUGCAUCUCCUUAUUAAAAGAAUACAAAAAGACUUCAGUGAUAACUUCUCUGAACAUUGUUGCACAAAGCACUUAAAAGAGCAAGGAAAGUCUUGUUCGGUUUUUUGCCUUUUUUCACCUAACUCUAGGGAGAAAAAAAAUGCUCAGGGGCUUAUAAAUAAAAGAUCACAACCUUUAAUACGUUCCUUAUUAUAGACGCCUUGAGACGCUGAGAGUGGCAUGAGUGAAUUGAAUGUAUCACACGGUGAGUGUGUGAUGUGUGUGUGAUGCAGCCACCUUUGCUAUGUAUAUUAUAAAGGACGAAAGCUGAAGAAUAAAGUGACAUGUACUUCAUGAAUAAAAUAUUGCCAUUAUGCAUGUUUCAUCAUAGAUUUUUCCCUUCUCUGGGACUAAGGAAAAGCUGCCGCUUGUGCUCUAUGUUUUUCCUUAUCUCUCUGCUUCAGUUUAGUCAAAGGAUGCUAUUUUUAUUUGAUUUUUGUCAUUGUCUGCCUACUUGCAUAGUGGAAUUUAAGAUGAGACCGAUAACCUCUCACAACACAAAAUGUCAUUCAAAAUAUUUUUAAGCUUCCUAGAUAACUAGGUGGGGGGAAAAACCCCGUUCUUAUAUAGUUAAUGUUCUUCCCUCUCCUUUUUUAAGAUAUCUGGUGGUAGAUAGUUCAGACAUGCAACCUUUCCAGGGUGACGACAGCUGUGGAGAAUAAUGGUUUGAUUUGACUUGAGAUCACAGGAUAGGAAAUAUAUAUAUAUUCAGAUGCUAUGAUUAGGAUAGAACAAGAGGAUUGGUUGUGUUCUCAUAAUGCACUAAGCCAAACAGCAAAUGUGCAGGCUCCCAGGGAGGAGCCAAAUGGCUAGAAGCUGCUCCCUAAGAGCCCACAUGUUCAUUCAGUUUUGCCUAGUCAAGGGUUUGGCUUAGCAUUUUGUAUGAAUACAGCCUUUGUGUACAGCUGCCAGUAGCACUUCCUUGCAUUGUGAAGAACAAACACCCCAAACUGAUAACUUGUCGAUGUGCACUUUAACCAAUUGGCUGCAAGACUCUGCAUUCCCCCAUUUCAUUGAGCAUGAGAUUUUCAGGAAUCCGAAAAACAAACACUAUUUUGCUGACAUGAUAGGUUGAAGAUGUCUGUGUCAUAGGCAACAUUCAGUGCUGCAUUACAAAUCUGAAGAUGACUCACUGCAUGUCCGCUUCUGUUAAUGACCUGUUCAACAUGUAUUCUUGUAUGUACAAAUGCAUUCUUUAUUAUGGUUAAAAAACACUAUCUCUGCUAUCAGGUCUAGAUGGGACUGUUAAGUGCUAUGGCUUGGUAAUGUAGUCAUCACUCACACAUCCAAGAUGCACUGGUACCGUCAUUUCUGUUGAAUAAUCAACUUGUUAAUCAAAGUCUGAUGAGAUCAUAGGGUUGUAGCUGAUACGACGGUUGUGCAAGUGAGAGACUUCCACUUUUGCAACUGGACUUGCCCAUCCUCUCCUUUCCACUGCUGCCCCCCAGUACCCUCAAUCUGCUUGAGGGUUGGAGGCACUCUGGAGCAGAUUUUCUGGGGGCACAGAGGGAUGCAGGGUUGAGGAGUACAAGGGGAAGGCAUGUUGCACAAGUGAAGACUGACCCACACAUGCAGUGACAGCAUUGGAUUCAACCCAUAAUGGUUUGUAGCAAAUAUGUUGACAAUUUGAGAGCUAGGUCUUGAGAUAUCCUCAUAGCUGCCAAGUUACCCCUUUUUUUAAGGGAUUUUCCCUUAUGCUGAAUAGGCUUCCUCGCGAGAAAAGGGAAAACUUGGCAGCUAUGGAUAUCCUUGUCCCCUUUAAUAAAACUGAAGGAGCACUGGGAAAAAAACGUUAAUAAACUUUGGCUCCAACAGCAGAAGGUUUUUCGUUAUUACUUACUGAAAUACUACUCUGUAAUAUGAAAAAUUUCAAGGAUGAAUUAUUUUAAUUUUACAUUGUGUAACGUGUGCCUCCCCUGUGAAGCAUUUUGCCUGCCCAAACCCAUUUAUGGCACUGUAUGUAGCUAGAGAUAUCAGCACUUCUAAAUAAACUGUUGUUCAGAGAUUGAUUUAUAUAACUAUGAAAAUCUGCUAUAGGCUGAAACUUGGCUUAAAAGUAUGACUUGGAGCAAUUUCUUUGGCAAGGUCAUAUUUGAUUAUAUGUACUUGAGUGUUGAAAAUUAAAAUAAUUUUUUUUUACUGGUUCAAGACUCUUGCCUGUUUAGACAUGAAAGCAAAAAUACUGAGGCUAAAGAGAUAUUUUUACAGUUAUAAGCAUAACAUCCACAUUCUGAGCCAUUUAUACAGAAGAGGCUUCUGUUUUAGAUUGACCUUGCGCACAGUAAUAAUAAGAUUGAAUAAGCUGCCACAAAGUGUUUCAUCGAAUCAUCCGGCAUUCUGUAUUGCUCAAAACAUACAGCUGCUUUAGAGGAUAAAACUUAUUAAAAGAUGUUAGUUGUUUUUGUUCCCCUUCUACAGAGGCUGGAUGAGUGCUUAAUUCUAAAUGCAGUUACCAAUAGAAAUUAUUUGAAUUCAAUUUGAAUUCUACAUUUUCUUAGAAUUCUUUUGGUGCUUGGUGUGAUCAGCAAAAGACCUUCACACUGAACACUAAAACUAGAUCCUUCUAUGUAAACAGCUGAGUAACAUGCAGUAAGUCAUGCCCCCUAUAUAGAUAUAAGAAAACUACUUUUAAUAUUAAAUCUACAAAUGCUUAAAACUUGCAGAGUAUUUUAUUUGUUUGAUACGUAUUUUACAAACGACAACAUCAACCAUUUAGGCUGCAGCUGUCUAUUAUACCUAAAGAUGGCAUAUUAAAACUCACAUAUAUUGUACUGCAAUUUCUACAAAACGUACAGCAAUGACUAAUUCUGCAGGGGGGAUAAAUUUUACAGCGCAAAAUAAACAUUACAUUCCAAGCUACCAGGAGACAUGUGCGUCUAUGUUACAAGUGAUAUUUAUUUACUUUUCAUGUGUGCAAAUUAAAGCGCAAGGCUAAUUUUAGCGUUAACUUAGCUAGAUUUUAUCUCUUAAUGACAAAAGAAUAUUGUGAGAUUAUGGCUUUGAAAUGUAUAUUUCCUAAAAAGUGACCGGAGUUAUAUUUAAUGCUUAGCAUUUAUAUAGUGCUUUAGUGUUCGGAAUGUGAUGGAGACUUAUUUUAGCACCCUUUUGCAACCAACCCUGUGUGGUAAUUCAGUGUUUCCAUAAUGAAGAUAGGGUGGUCAUUUCUCUAAGGCCACUUUGAGUGGGAGAGGCAACACUGGGUGAUGGAUAUUCUAGUUCCUGGCUCAGUUUCUAAGCCCUUGUGCUACACUUGCACAAUAACCCUCAUUUACAACCACAUGCUUGCAUUUGUGUUGCUCUAAGGUAAGAAUGAAUUAUAUUAAGAUUUGUUUCCACUUAUCUCAAGUUCUGAAGGCAAAGCUAGCCAGAAACAGUCCAGCAAUACAUUUCCUGUUCCGUCUUGUCCAAGAGCUCAAUAUGUCAGAUGAGUUCAACAUAGGCAGCUACUGUGGUCUGUCCUCGAAGGUUCUGAGCUAUACAAAUGUAGUUUCCACCAUCAAUGGUCUCAAAAUCUUCAACAGUAAUAAGGCUCUCGGAAAUUCUCGUGGUGUGACCAAUUCCUCUGUUGAUCAGCCUCCAAGAGUCUUGGAUAACCACAGGCCUUUCAUACUAAUGAUUGGAAAACAUUUAACAUGAGAUAGUAAUCAGAAGCAUUUCUGUAAACACAGUACUUAAUUUUAUUAACAGUAGUUUACUUGCUAGCGUAGGAGUUUUAAUCUGAAUGGCAGAGCUAUUGCGGAAGAUGCCGAAGCUGCUGGUUUUGCAAUAAGAAUCCCAGCUGUUCCCAUACAAUGAAAGAUGUGUUUGCUGCUUCUAGGGCUGUCUUGUUUGUUUCUGCCCUUUUAAUAUGAAGAGGGAAAUGUCCAUUUAAGGCUGGCAUCCCUUUGUAUUCAUGCCAGAUAAAGAUUACUUACUGGGGAAUUUUAGCACCUAUGUGUGACGUACAGCCAGAUCCUACCUAGGCACGUUUAACUGGAAGUAAGGCCAGCAGAGUCUGACAGCAGAUUACAGCCUUAAUACAACAUCCUCAAUACUUCCGUAAUUGUAUUUUGUCUAGUUUAAACACCUUGGGGAAAACUGGUCCUAUGAUUUCUUUUGGGUUCGGGUACUUGGUAUAUAGCCGAGUCUGGGACUCACCAGUGUAAGGUGAUCAAGGAUGUAAAGAUUUAAGUCUUUUAAAUGCCAUCUUUGAAAAGUUAAUUGAAUCCAUGCAGUAGGCGGAACUUCAGACAUUUGGUAUGUAGUCAUGCUAUCUGUUUUGUCAAGACUUAAAGUGGUUUUAGUGGGAUUUAUGCAUGAGAGAUCAUGGGGCAGAACUGUGCCACUUCAGGCACAGUUGUGGUAAAAAUAUUCAAAAUAUCCAAGCACCAUAUUGCAAAGGCACAACAGAAUCUACCACCUCUCAAAACCAGAAAGAGGCUUUGGAACAAAUUGCAUUUUAUCCUAAUGCCCACUAUCACCACACAUAAUGUAAAGCAUAUUCCUUGUCUACUCAUGUAGUUAACUUUAUAGUAGUCCUUUUGUUAGGCUUUUUGGGUACAGACUUAUCCAAAACACGGAUGGCCAAUUUUGGGCCAAAUCAGGCCUUUGUGUAUAAUCUUUCCAAGCUAAAAGUGGCAGGAAAAAAAGAUUACCAGUCAACGUUACCCUCUGCCUGCAUCGUCAAGACUUCAGCAACUUUGUAGCUAAUAAGCUUUGUUUUCACGCCUUCCAAAAGUUCAUGCUAGACUUAUUUGCAUGUUCAUAAUUUUCUAUUUUGGUUUUUUUAAAAAAAGAGAAAUAACAAAACAAGCAGCAGUUUACCUUUUGCCCUGGAUAGAUCCAAUUAAACUCCACUUCUACAUCUGGCUCCCCCAAAACUGUGCACAGAACACUGAUAUCAUCACCACCUUCUGCCGUACUAGAUGAUGCUUUGAUUGUAGUUGAAGGCGGGCCACUAGGGACUGGUUCAAAGAGAUGGGCGAGAGACAAUAAAAAGCGAUUCCACAUUUUUAAUAGCCUACCGGGGUUGCAGAUAGACCAGCUUGACUUGUAGAAAUCAGCAAGUGAAACUUCCACAACAUGGAAACCAAGAUCACCAGCUGCUAAUAGUUGCACUCAAGUUACUGACAACAACAUUUACGCAUAGCUGCCAAGUUUUCCCUUUUCUCGUGAGGAAGCCUAUUCAGCAUAAUGGAAAAUCCCUUAAAAAAAGGGAUAACUUGGCAGCUAUGUUUACGCAGGGAGUAGGAAAAAAUAUUGACAAUUUAAAAUUCUACUCAAAGCCGAUUUUUAAUUCAUUAUUGCUCAACCCCACCCAACAGACACACAACUCACAAAUUAGCUGCAAUUGCUGUUUGGGGGCAAAAUUAUUUGUGGGUGCAGAUAUAUUACUGUAGUAUUCUAAGGCUUCCCUUGGUUUUAAGUGUUCUUUAACAUAGCUUGUGGAAAAUGUAGGUAUUGCAUAAAGAUAACAGAACUACUAUCUUCCGCCUCAAUUUCAAAGUAGAUAUAUGCUCGAGGUUUGGAAAGUUUCACUAUGCUGAUAAUUUUACUUGGCUGACUUCAGAAAACACACUUGAAUGUGUUUUGCUUGUGGUGAAGUAGCCCGAGUAGUUUAGUAUAAACAUGAGUACCUAGGUAGUUCACCAUAAGGUAAAACAAAGGUAAAGGACCCCUGGACGGUUAAGUCCAGUCAAAGGUGACUGUGGGGUUGUGGUGCUCAUCUCGCUUUCAGGCCAAGUGAGCUGGCAUUUGUCCACAGGCAGCUUUCUGAGUCAUGUGGCCAGAACUGAUGAAACCGCUUCUGGUACAACAGAACACCGCGGUGGAAACCAGAGCACAUGGAAAUGCCAUUUACCUUCCCGCCACAGCAGUACCUACUGUAUUUAUUUACUUGCACUAGCAUGCUUUUGAACUGCUAGGUUGGCAGAAGCUGGGACAGAGCAACAGGAGCUCACCACCGUCGCGGGUAUUCAAAUUGCCAACCUUCUGAUCAGCAAGCCCAAGAGGCUCAGUGGUUUAGACCACAGCGCCUCCCGCGUCACCAUAAACACAGAUCACCACUGUGUUAACCUGUGUGGGAAAUUACUCAGGGCCAGUUUAAAGCAGUGUGUCUGAGAGAGUACAGUAGAACUACUUUGAUGUUAGACUGAGCCGUUCAGUUAGUUUUUUUACCUUCCACAUAAAGCAACUGGUACUUGAUGGAAAUCUGAGGCGCUCCCCACGAUUCUGCUCUGCAGUAAACCACUCCCUUGUGAUCGGAUGUUGGAUGCUUAUAGAUAAAACCCUUCUUCACGUCAUAAGUAAUGCUGGUUCCAUCCACUUGGAUUUCUUCGGCUGGAAACUCCUGGUGCAAUGAGACCUUCACUGACGGGCUGGUCACUCGGCAAGGAACUACCGCUGGCUUAUCUGGGUUGAGGUAGACAACUUCAAAAUAACUGGCAGAGGGCACAAAGAGCUCCCCUUUAUCUG